UGUGCCCAUCUUCCUCCGCCCACACAUUGCUGAGUAUAAAGGCCGCUUCUCUUUAUCUUCCUUCCUUUCAUCCUGCUGUCACUGCAACACAUUCUCAGUCAUGGAGUGGAUCUCUCUCUUCGUUCCGGCUGUCUUUCUUUUGCCUUUUAUCAGAGGCGAUUUGGUAGCUUCUUUGGGCGACACUGUAAAGCUGUCAUCGCAGGUUAACUGUGCGCAGCUGAUCAGGAGGCUGAAGGAUUUAUCCUCUGCCCCGAUGGCCGACUCGGCCAACGGAGUUCUGCAGCCGGUUGAUGAAUACAGAUCGCGGCUCAACAUUUCCUCGUCGGGUAUUUUCCUGAAGAAUGUCAACUACAACGACAACGGACAUUAUGAAUUAAUGUGCGGAGACAAUGAAGUGCUCAUCAAGCUAGCUGUUGUCUUUGCCUCCAACAUUUCAGCGUCUGAAGGCGAAACAACAAAACUUCCCUGCUUCUCUUUAACUCUGGAUGAACAUCUGAAGUUUGUUCUGUGGGAAACUAACGGGCAGCUCGUGAUUAAAGUGGAUCGCUCCGGUAACGUCGAAUAUGGAGAGAGAUUCACAGGUCGUGCGUCUUUGCCACCUGACUGGGAGUCAGCGGGGGACCUGUCGCUGAUCCUGAAGGGGGUCCAGCUGGAUGAUCAAGGGAACUAUUACUGCUAUGUCCAGAAAGACUCUAAAGAGAAAGGAGACCCUGCUGCAUGUAGACUGAGGGUCCAACAGGAGCGAUCGAGCAUUAAAACCUCCGCCACUCCGUCUCAACACACCCAAAGCCCCCCUGCACAUAAAGAACUUUUGUGUAUUGGCAUUGAUGUCUUCAUUGGCAUUAUUAUCCUCCUUCUGGUGUUUGUUCUGUGUAUCUGUAUUAGAUGGUACCUUCGGUCUCCAAAUCAAAGGAGGGGAAGAGCUGUCUUGGUAUGAAAUGCCGCGGGAACAGAGAAGGCCAGGAUCUGGCCUCGUCAUCUAAAGAAUCACACUCUGCUGUCUGUUGCAUUUUGUGUGGAGGUUUGAGCCUUUCUGCUCUCACUGAAGCGGAAGUUUUCUCAAAAAAAAACAUUUUAAAAAAAACUUAUUACUUAUUAUUUUAACGUUAUUCUCUUUCUUUUCAUCAACUUAUUUUAUUAGCAUUUUUUGUACGGCACUUUGGUGCAGCUUUAAACCUGUUUUUAAAGUGCUGCAGAAAUAAAUUUGAAGUUGAUAUUUAAAGAAA